AUGGGCUCAACAAUUCACAACCGAAUGAUCAUGUCGCUCCUGGAGCGGAGCGUCGCUGAUGAGGCCAAUUCGGUCAAGUCGACCUUUUCCAGUUGGGAUAGUUGUAUGGCCAAGACUUAUUGCAAAUGGCCUGUUAUCGCCGGUAUCAUUGUCGGAUCCAUUAUUAUAUUAGGUAUAGUAGGCUGUUUAGUUAGCUGCCUUUGUUGCGGUUAUCAAUGCUGCAAAGGCUGCUGCGGCUGCUGCUACAGUUGCUGCGAUUGUGGUGGCUCUCGCCAUAAUCGAGGUGGUAGCAAAUACGCGGGUCCUCCCCAGCAACCGUAUUAUCAGCAACCUCCGCCGCCAGAUCCCAUGAAUUUCGGAUAUAGACAACCUAUUGCCGCCGCAUCAUCACUAUCCGCUGGGCCACCACCGGCAUAUCGUGGUCCCACUACUGCUUCGUUCGAUCAACCGAGCAAAGCGGCGCAUGUACAUGUGAAUGAAGAUGAGCUCCCGCCAAUGCCGACUUGGGCAGAUGCGCAAACUCGUCACGUAGAGGAUCACAGUGCGCAGCAUGAGGCGGUGGAGAUGGAUAAUCUGGAGGGAAUCAGAGAUCAUGCUAAGAGUCCUUUACAGCACGAUCAGCGAGUUUCACCCGCGCCGGUAGCUGGAGGGUUGUCACGCGGAAUGUCUCGAGGUGGAUAUAAUGAAGUUCGAGGUACAUAUGCCAGUCCUCACCCAAGUCCUCAACCAUUGUAUGACGAUGGAUACUCUCCGAACGGACAUGGGGGCAGUUAUGGUGGUGGACACAACGGCGGGGCCGUGGGCGGACUCAGUGAACAUGAUGCAUAUCUCAAUCACGGUGGUCAAGGACAUUACGGCGGUAAUGCAGCGGAAACCCAUUAUUUUAACCAGAAACCUCAUUCCCCAGGACCUCAGUCUCCUGGAUACGGACCUCCAGCUGCUGCGGGAUAUCCGCCUCGGGCAUCACCACAGGAGUCCCCGGCAGCGUAUCGAGGGUUCGAAAACCAACAUGCUCCUAGGGUACAAGUUCCCAACUUUAGCGGACCCCGCGCAUACAAUCAGACGCCAUCUCCUAGAUCACCACCAGCCAUGGGAGGCGGAUUUCCUCCAUAUCCAGAAGCCCGCAGCCCACCGCCAGCAACCUCGGGAUACUCCCCUUAUGACCUUCAUAAUCAACAUAAUCAACAACACCAAUCCGACUUUUACCAUCCACCGACUCAAAGCCCACCGCCACAACAGGGCCAUCGAGCUCCACAAGGCCAGUACACCGCAUUCUCACCACGAAUCGCUUCGCCUCCUCUCCAGCAGCAACAUGCUACGUCGUUCCUGGAAGAUCCCGGACAUCAGUCACCAGACGGCGAGGAUCGACCACCUAGUUUAUUGAUGGCUGGACGACGGCCUGCGCCGAAUACUUUCCGAGCCGUAUAA